GGCACCCCGUCAUAACCAGACGUCAGUGAUCUGCGGCGUUUAGUGAGUUUGCUGCUAGCUUUUGUUCGGUGGACAUUAAACUAGCUACCGAGUAGCUAUCAUCUAAUGAAUACAGGGACAGUAAACAAUACAUACAGAUAACUGUGGCGUGUGAGCCGUUGUUCAGCUCGCUAUAGGAACAAUCUAAUCUGGAGAGAAAGAGUGAGAGAGAAGCUCAAACCUGCUGCCCCAUACCGACCGCACCUACCAACUGUCUGCACACGGAGCAAGAGGAGAGACGAGACCCCGAGGACUGCGAUUACUCUGAGCAGCAUGCAUGGGAAUGAAUUGCAAUAUCAAAGCAGGAAGGACUGCAGUGGAACUCUAAAUUGACACCAACAUAUUCCUCCAUCACUGCUCCCGCCCUCUUCCCAUCCAUUCACUGCUCUUAUUGGUUGCUUCCUCCAGUUCUCAACAUGGCGACUAUGUUCCUACUCUGGCUGUGCCACUGACCUCCACCCUGGACUACCACCAUGGAGAGAAAACGCAGAAAGAAAUUAAUCUAGCUGCUCAGGCCGUUUACAGUAUGGACUCAUUUUUGGAGCUUUGGACCUGAAAUGCACUGUCUUAACCCCUGACCCUGAAUCAGGUUUUAGCUGCUCAUUUUUCAUCUGAAACAGCAUACCUGCUGGUAGAUUUUCAAAGGGGCUGGUCAAACUGAUAGUUUGCGCUACUUCAGAAAACAAAAUGCUCCUGCUUCCUGUGUGGGCAUCCAUGCUUUUGGGGCUGCUGGUGGGCUUCCUGCCUCUGGUUGGGAUGGAGCCAAUGGAAGGAACCAAAUCUGGCUCUGACCACACCCCCAACCCAGAGCCCCUCCCUUCAUCAUCUGGCUCCAACUGCUCCCACUUAACCCUCAAACUGGAGUUCUCCUCCAAGAUGGUAGAACAUGAGUACAUCAUAGGAUUUACAGGGUAUUUCUCGGCCAAAGCUCGCAGCCUGUACAUCAGCAGUGCCUUGCGGAACGCCGGGGACGGAGCGCUGGAGUGGCACAUUGUUCCCAGAGAAAACCCAGCCUCUGACUUCCCCAGCGACUUUGAGCUGGUCCACAUCCGUCAAGCUUCGCCCAGCAGCCUGCUGACCUUAGAGGACCACCCUUACAUCAAGAGGGUGACGCCGCAACGCAAAGUGUUCCGCUUGCUCAAAUACGUUCCUUCACCCGAACCUGCUGCGCCCUGCAACGGCACCCGUGGGACGAAAAAAUGGCAGUCGUGGCAGUCAUCCCGCCCUUUCCGACGAACCAGCCUGUCACUGGGCUCGGGUUUCUGGCACGCCACCGGUCGCCACUCCAGCCGGCGUCUGCUGCGAGCCAUCCCCCGCCACGUUGCCCAGAUCCUGCAGGCAGACGUACUCUGGCAGAUGGGACACACCGGUUCUGGUGUGAAGGUGGCAGUGUUUGAUACAGGCCUGAGCAAGAAGCACCCACAUUUUAAGAACGUGAAGGAAAGGACCAACUGGACUAAUGAAAAGACACUGGAUGAUGGUCUGGGCCACGGUACAUUUGUAGCAGGAGUGAUAGCCAGUAUGAGGGAGUGUCAGGGCUUUGCCCCUGACUCAGAGCUGCACAUCUUCAGAGUGUUCACCAACAACCAGGUAUCGUACACGUCGUGGUUUCUGGAUGCUUUCAACUACGCCAUCCUGAAGAAGAUUGAUGUUCUUAACCUCAGCAUCGGGGGCCCUGACUUCAUGGACCACCCCUUUGUUGAUAAGGUGUGGGAGCUCACUGCCAACAGAGUGAUCAUGGUCUCUGCUAUUGGCAACGAUGGACCUCUGUAUGGCACCCUGAACAACCCAGCAGACCAGAUGGACGUGAUCGGGGUCGGAGGAAUCGACUUUGAAGACAACAUCGCUAGGUUUUCCUCCAGAGGCAUGACCACCUGGGAGCUGCCCGGGGGCUAUGGCAGAGUGAAGCCUGACAUCGUCACCUACGGUUCAGGUGUUCGGGGAUCAGGGAUGAAGGAGGGAUGUCGCUCUCUGUCUGGCACCAGUGUGGCCUCUCCUGUGGUGGCUGGUGCCGUUACUCUCCUGGCCAGCACCGUCCUGAACAGGGAGUUGGUGAACCCAGCCUCCAUGAAGCAAGCCCUGAUCGCCUCGGCCCGCAGGCUGCCAGGGGUCAACAUGUUUGAGCAGGGCCACGGGAAACUAGACCUCAUCCGAGCCUACCAGAUCCUCAACAGUUAUAGACCUCAGGCCAGUCUUUCUCCCAGUUACAUCGACCUGACAGAGUGUCCAUACAUGUGGCCUUACUGCUCUCAGCCCAUCUACUAUGGAGGAAUGCCCACCAUCGUCAAUGUGACCAUCCUCAACGGCAUGGGUGUCACUGGCAGGAUUGUCGACAAGCCCAUCUGGCAGCCCUACCUCCCCCAGAACGGCGACCACAUCGAUGUGGCAGUCUCUUAUUCACCAGUGCUGUGGCCGUGGGCCGGCUACCUGGCUGUGUCCAUCUCCGUGGCCAAGAAAGCAGCAUCAUGGGAAGGGAUUGCUCAAGGUCAUGUGAUGGUCACAGUGGUGUCACCUGCAGAGAAUGAUUCUGAGGUGGGCGGUGAGCUGACCUCCACAGUCAAACUGCCCAUCAAGGUGAAGAUCGUGCCGACUCCCCCGCGCAGUAAGAGGGUGCUUUGGGACCAGUACCACAACCUGCGCUACCCGCCCGGCUACUUUCCCCGAGACAACCUCCGCAUGAAAAAUGACCCACUAGACUGGAAUGGAGACCACAUCCACACUAAUUUCAGGGACAUGUACCAGCACCUGAGGAGUAUGGGAUACUUUGUUGAGGUGCUCGGAGCACCCAUCACCUGCUUUGAUGCCAGCCAGUAUGGCACAUUGCUGAUGGUGGACAGUGAGGAGGAGUAUUUCCCUGAAGAGAUCACCAAGCUUAGGAGAGACAUCGACAACGGCCUAUCGCUCAUUGUCUUCAGUGACUGGUACAACACCUCGGUCAUGAGGAAGGUCAAGUUCUAUGACGAAAACACCAGGCAGUGGUGGAUGCCAGACACAGGGGGUGCUAACAUACCAGCUCUGAACGACCUGAUCUCAGUGUGGGGGAUGGCUUUCAGUGAUGGGCUGUACGAGGGAGACUUCACCUUGGCUGAUCAUGACAUGUACUAUGCCUCAGGCUGCAGCAUUGCCCGUUUCCCAGAAGAUGGAAUAGUGAUUGCCAAGAAUCUAAAGGACCAAGGUCUGGAAGUGUUAAAGCAGGAGACAGCAGUGGUGGAGGGGGUACCCAUCCUCGGACUGUACCAAACACCGUCUGACGGGGGAGGUCGCAUCGCUCUGUACGGUGAUUCUAACUGUAUAGACGACAGCCACAGACAGAAAGACUGUUUCUGGCUGCUAGACGCUCUCCUUCAGUACACUUCCUACAGUAUGACCCCUCCCAGCCUCAGCCACUCCCACAGCCGGGUAGCACCGCCCACAGGCACCGAGCACCCACUGCCACAGAGACUGGAAGGUAACCAUCUUUACCGCUACUCCAAGGUUCUAGAGGCUCAUCUGGGAGACCCUAAGCCCCGCCCACUACCUGCCUGCCCCCACCUGUCUUGGGCAAAGCCACAGCCAGUCAACGAGACAGCACCCAGUAACCUGUGGAAGCACCAGAAACUUCUCUCAGUGGAUCUGGACAAAGUGGCUCUACCCAAUAUGAGGGCUUACCGUCCCCAGGUCAGACCUCUGUCUCCUGGGGAGAGUGGGGCCUGGGACAUCCCUGGAGGGAUAAUGCCCGGUCGCUACAACCAAGAAGUGGGCCAGACCAUCCCCAUGUUUGCCUUCCUGGGAGCGAUGGUCGUCCUGUCCUUUUUCGUGGUCCAACUCACAAAGGCCAAGAGUAAACCCAAGCGCAGGAAACCCCGCAUCAAACGGCCCACAUACCUCCAACAGCAGCAGCAGCAGACGACCACUGGGAAAACCCCCACAGUUUAAGUGGCACUGCAAAUCUGAACUGCUGCUGGGGCGCUGUGUUCACCUCCAAAACUGAGACGCUGUUAAAAGGACAACUUGUGUUGAGCAGCAACGUUGGAGGUGUGGAAUUACAUGGAGUCUAAUGAACUGUUGAGGCAGACCUGACUGCUCUUAAACUCAAGCCUGCCGGACGUGAACGUACUGCGACUCCAGGUGUCUCUCGGAUGCUGUUUUUGUACCUCUCGUCUGUUCAAGGCUGUCCGUGGGUGUUUGUGUGUGUUUGUGGACUAACGAACAGCAUUAGAUCGUGUUAUGCACAUGAUGUAAAACACACAGUAUACACUUUGCCCUAAAAAUGCCUGUGUCAGACGAACAUGUUGUCUACAUUUUCCUCUCUUCUUUGACCAAACUGUUUCUUUUGAAUGAAAUGUGUCUGACUUUUAUAUUUAUUGAAUUUGUUCGUACCCUAACACACACACACACACAAGCGAUUUCGCACUCUCACACACGCACACACACACAUACAAGGAAAUACAUAUACAUACUGCUUGCACUUUAAGAAUAAAGCAUUUGGCAUACACGCGCAGAGAGAUACACACCACACACACAUGCAGUCGUAUCCAACACGAGGACCAUCGGAUGAUCAGGUUGUCUCCUCCUGUGUCACCAUCCAAGUUCUGGCCAUAUCUGUUUAAAAUCACUGUCUUUUCAUUGUUUUUAUAUUUUAUAUAACGAAUGAACCCUGGCCAAGCAUUCUGUUGAUAUCCUCCGUCAUGAUCUCAUGGUCAGUAGUAGCAUUGACAGACUUGUUUAAAUAUAUCUCAUCAAUUAAAAAGCAUAAUCAAA